AUGCCCCAAUCCUCGCCGUGCGCGUUCCCAUGGUCCUCCCUGUGGCUGGCAUCUUUGGCUACUCUGGUGGUGCAGUCGGCGCUCUCUUCCUCCUACUCGUCUUCGUCCUCCGCCACAUAUCAGAGACCUGCGGCCGGUGGGAAGCGGCCGGGCUUCAUGGAGAGGACGCUGGUUCUCCUGGAUGUCAACACCCGCAGUCCGAUCAGAGUCCUCAACGACAACUUCCUUUCUUUGCAGCUGGACCCCUCGAUCAUCAAAGACGGCUGGCUGGACUUUCUGAGCUCCAAGCGGCUCGUGACCCUGGCGCGCGGCCUGUCGCCUGCAUUUCUGCGCUUUGGCGGAAAGCGGACCGACUUCCUGCAGUUCAACAACCAGAAGAACCUCGCCAAGUUCAGAGGGCCGGGGCCAGACUACUAUCUGAAGAACUACGAAGACGAUAUAGUGCGCAGUGACAUUGCGCUGGACAAACAGAACGGUUGCAAACUGGCCAACCAUCCUGACAUAAUGCUGGAGCUGCAGAGGGAGAAGGCUGCCACCACACAGUUUGUCCUGCUGAAAGAGCAAGUGUCCAACAUCUACAGCAACAUUACAAUAACAGCCAGGUCUUUAGACAAACUGUACAACUUUGCCGACUGUGCUGGUCUGCACCUGAUCCUGGGGCUUAACGCGCUGCACAGAAACCCAGACAACUCCUGGAACACCUCUUCCACCCUGAGCCUCCUGAAGUACAGUGCUGGCAAGAAGUACAACAUCUCCUGGGAGCUGGGCAACGAGCCUAAUGCCUAUCGCAGCAUGGUGGGUCGUGCAGUCAACAGCACACAGUGGAGUCAGGACUACACCAAGCUGCGGACCCUGCUUCAGUCUGUACGCUACUACCACCGAGCUCACCUCUAUGGCCCCAAUGCAGGACGACCCCGGAAGAACGCCAUCCUCCUGCUAGAUGGGUUCAUGAAGAAUGCUGGCUCAGUUGUAGAUGCAGUUACGUGGCAACAUUAUUACAUGGAUGGCAGAAUAAACAAAGUGGAGGACUUCCUAAAAACCCGUCUGUUGGACACACUGACGGAGCAGAUCACUAAAGUCACCAAGGUUGUGAACACACAUACUCCUGGUAAGAAGGUGUGGCUAGGUGGACUGGGGCCGGCGUGGGCAGGAGGCAUCAGUAAUCUCUCUGACACAUAUGCUGCUGGCUUUCUGUGGGUGAACACGCUGGGUAUGGCUGCUGUGCAGGGGAUAGAUGUUGUGUUGCGUCACUCAUUCUUUGACUACGGAUACACACGCCUUGUGGACCAGCACUUUAACCCUUUACCAGAUUACUGGUUUUCUCUGGUCUUCAAGCGCCUGGUUGGUCCGAGGGUUUUAGCGGUGCGGGUGGCUGGACUACAGAGGAAGCCGCAACCAGGAAGAGUCAUACGAGACAAGCUACGUAUCUACGCCCACUGUACCAGCUACUACAAUCAUAACUAUGUGAGAGGAUCCAUAACAAUCUACAUCAUCAACCUGCAUCGGUCCCGAAAGAAAAUCAAGUUGGCGGGGACGUUACGGAACAAAACUGUACAUCAGUACCUGCUGCAGCCCUACGGCACUGAUGGACUCAGAGCCAAACAUGUCCAGCUGAACGGGGAGAAGAUGCUCAUGUCAGACAAUGAGACAUUCCCGGAGUUGAAGCCUAAGACACUGAGGGCUGGACGGACCAUAGCCAUGCCUCCCAUGACCAUAGGCUUUUAUGUGAUCAAAAACAUUAAUGCAUACGCCUGUCGAAGAUAACGCAGACCCAGGGACACCUCAGUAGAGUGGACACAUGGCUUGAUUACACUACAAUCCUCUGGUUUAUCAUCAACCCCUGCAAACAUUAUUUCAGUGGUAAUAUUUAAACGAAUUAAAACAAACCCAGCCCUUCCCUUGUUCUCUUCUCUGCCCAGGACACGUAUCACGGGCUGCACUGAACACUUUUCAGUUCUUUUCACCAGCAGUUCCUCAUAUGCUACAAGCCUUGUAUGGACAGUGGUAGUUUUGUGCCUUUGUAUGAAGUUUGUGUGUUGUAGUUACAGAAAUGCAGUAUCAAAAAGUCCACAUUCUCUGACUUGAUUAAGCUAUAUUUUUUGUCUUGGAUUGUCGUUCUUAGGGUUUGUUAUCUCUUUGUCUGCCUAGAGGUCUUUUUUCCUUGUCUUUUUUUCUAACCUUUCAUCGAUGAAGAAGAAGAUGAGAGAAAACUCUGAACAGUCAGCGUUUCUGAGGCAAAAAUCAUCUUUAUUUCGACUUGAUCCUUUCCACAAAGAGAAAAUGCCGUGAUGUGUGUGUGAGAUCAGGCCUGGACUUACCAAGUGCUGUGUGUGUGCGUGUAUAUGUUUUAUUGAUAAAGCUACUGAUACGUCUGUCCAGCCUGUUUAACGUGCCGCUGAGAGAAUACAUUUCUUCCCUUGGCGUAUCAAGUGACUUAAAGGGAAAAUCUGUUUCUUUUAAAAGGCUGUUCUGUAUGUAUUUUGUGUCAUUGCUUUUCUGCUGCAGGUUUCAAUUUAACUGCAGGAUACCAUAGCCAGGAUGUGCUGCUGGUGCUGUUUUAGCAGAAGAACAAUGUGAACCUAUCCAUUACAUCUGUCCUCACAUAUUCUGUGUCCAAAAUCUGGGUUUUGCUUCAGAUUCAAAAAUUCUAAAAUGCCAGUUUUUCUCACUAUCCCUUCAGUGUGAUCUCACAUUUUAUAAUCCUUUUAUGCUGCUAGUUUUCUUCAAAAUAUAUGUUAUAUAUUUUACAUUAUUUUGUACAGAUUUACUACCAUAUAUUAUUAGAUAAUGUAUUGUACAUAAAAAGAAUAAUGGAAGUAAGUGAUUUAAGCUUGAUAUGUUUACUUACAUACAGGAUACACCUAAUUUAUAUGAUUAAGUACUUUGCGUUGUCUUCAUAUUUCUUUUAUAAACGACUCAGUUAUGUUAGUGGUAUUAAUGCCCCAACUCUAAAGAGGAAAAAUAAUUUUAAGAGGGUAUUCAUUAAAUAACAGGGCAACUGAGUGACUGUAUUAAUAUGCAAAUGUCAUAGGCACAGACUUUU